UGGAGAGGCUCCGUUAGAUUUUACAGAAGAAGGGGAUCCGAUCAGAAGAAAAGAGGAAACGCAGGGGGGAGAUAACGGUGUCAAAAAGUUCAUCCCUUCUUCUUUAUUUGUCUCCUCACAUGAGAGCCGUGAAAAGGGACGCGUUUGUUUGCCUUUGUCCUGUGUAUUUAGUUCCUUCCCAGACUGAGAGGACUUACACCAUCAGAGGCGAUGAGAUGUGAGUGAGCUAUGCCUUGUGGAAAUGGACAGACUUUAUCCAAGCGAAAACAUGGCGUCUGCGUCCCGAGGUUUAGCUUCUUUUCCAGUCUGCUUGUGGCGCUCUGCUGCCUGGAGGCAUGGGGCUCCGGGCCGCAGGGGGACGGCGGCGGCAGGACUUGCAGCCCCUGUCCCGUUAACUGCAGCUGCGCGCCGGCGGGGCCCCAGCCGUCCUGCGUCGUCAACUGCUCCAACAUCGGGCUGGAGAGGGCCCCAGCAGCGGCGGACAUCCCGCUGGCCACCAGUGUGCUAGAUCUUUCCAAGAACCACAUCUCCUCCCUUGAUACCAGCCUGCAAGAUCGUCUCACUGGUCUCCGAGAGCUGUAUCUUCAAGGGAACAGGAUCAAUAUUCUCCCCAGAGGAUUGUUCUGCUCUGGGCCGCUGUCAAUCCUCGACUUGAGUAACAACAAAAUCACCACCAUAGAAGACAGAUGUGACAACCUGCGCAACUUAACUCAAAUUGACCUGAGCAGUAACCCCUUUGAGUGUGACUGUAAGCUGUUCCGGCUGGUCCGCUGGCUUAAGGGAAAUGGGGUGAGAGUUCGACGCCCAGACGCCAUGCUCUGCAACCACCCUCCUGAGCUGCGCAACCAACCUCUGCUCAACAUCAGCCAGCUCACCUGUGGUCGCACCUAUGCAGCUUGUCUGGAGGACAGCAGCAGUGGAGGAGGAGGACCGAGCGAGCUUGUUAUCUUCUCUUCCUCCACACCUGGAAACUUCACACGUGAGCAGUGUAACAGCGUGUGUUUUGCUGCGUCACACCGCUAUGGGGGCUUGGGAACUAGCCACGAGUGCCUCUGCAGCACAAACUCAGAGCCGAACCUCAUCAGCGAAUCUCAGUGUUCUGCUGCCUGUACAAACCCCGAUGUUAUGAAGGAGUGUGAUUGGACUCUGGCUGAUGACGUGUUUGUGGUGGACUUCACGGUCUCACUGAAGCCUCUCCCACUGCAAAGUGUCCACGAUCGCAUCAGUUUCUCCGCUGUGUCCUCUGUCACUCCGGUGACACUGUCCUGGGACUUUGGUGACCUUUCAUCUCGGGUCAACACUACAGGAACAGGGGUCACCACAGCAACUCACAAAUACGGACUUCCGGGACACUACGCGGUCAGUUUGAUGGCCUGGGCUGGACACAAGGAGUUCUCUGCACGCGGAGACGUGACCGUGACACUUCCUCCCAAGCUGGAGCUGCACUGUCCAGCUCUUGCUGUAGCCAAUAAGAGCCUAGAGUUCACACUCAUCAGCUGGGGUGCUGUAGGCGUGGAUGUAGACUGGAACAUUUCAAAGGAUGGGGUCCAAGUUGCCAAAGCCUCCCCUUACUGUCCAAAGGACGGGGUGUACCACGCCGACUCCUCACGCUGUUUCCAGAUCGUUCCAGGGGAGUUGAGUUGGACAGAUGCUCGACAGCAGUGUUUAGAUCGCAGCGGGGAUCUGGCAAUAGUCAGGAGUGACGCGCUGCGUAACCUGCUGGCACCCAGAGUCACACAGGAGCGAGGCGUGUGGCUGGGCUUGAGUGAUGUCGACUCUCCAGGCAAGCUGCGCUGGGUGAACGGCUCAGAGGCACAGGAGGGAGAGGAAGGCCCGCCGCCUCGGUCCCCGAUCUCCCGUGGAAAUGUGUGCGUGUCUCUCGAUCAGCGCGCUCAGACCAGUUCACACCCAUGCAAUGCCAAGCGGGCCUAUGUCUGCCAGUACAGCCCCCAAGUGCGUGUUCCAGACGCAGGGAUUUACACCGCGGGCAUGGCUGUGUUUCCAUCCCAUAAUCAUUUGCACCGUGCCCCAAUCUCUCAGCUGUCUGCCCCACAACCUUCUAGCGGCGGCAUAGAGGUGCUGCUGUUCCCAGCUCUGAGCUUUGUUCAGGCAGGUCGUCUGUCCUCCCUAGAGUUUGUCACUCAAGAGCUCAGCUCACAAAUCCACGUCCGAUUCCAGACCUACAGACCUCACUGUCAUUAUCCCGACCUGCACCUGCUGCUGCCUGGUUGUGGAGGUCCAGCGUGUGCCCCAGUGGCUGUUUGUGUCCCCAAUGACACCAGGAGCGAUGAUCCACCCUCUUGUCCCCGACUAGAGCAGUGGUGUCCCUUCCAACACCGGUGCCUUCCUCUCUCUAGUCCCUGCCAGGCAUCUUCCUGUCCUAACUGCACCCAGGCUCACCGCCUGCCCUCUGGGGCUCUGAGGCCCAGAUACACCCUGCAGAAUGAGGUGGUCUUCACUCUACCAGCAGGUCCAGCUGCACACAUACUGGUACAAGAACAACUGGAGGACCUCCUGGUUUCCCGUGGCGAUGUCAUUGCCCUGCAGCAUGAUGCUGGCCCCGCUUCCCUCCUCCGCUGCCAGUCUUCCCCACACUCACCUUGGCGACAACCUGUCUUAGCCCUCAACCAGUCGGAGUGGUUCUGGAUCAACAGCACCGGACAGGCAACUGACACCUCAGCUGACCAUGACGCUGAUCCUCUGCCUGACCCGGAGCUUGAUGUGAAGGCGCUGGUGGAGGAUGGUGAGGGAAGCUGGCUGGAGGAUGUAGCUUGCCCCAUCAGAGUGCUCUAUGUGGGACACAGUCAGACUCAGCUGCAGGGAGCUCAGCUGUCUGCUGGUCUUCCCCAGCCUGGACUCUAUAGCCUCCUGGUGACUUCAGCUGAGCCAUCAUACCCAGCUUCAGCAUCAUGCCCAUUGCGAGUGGUGCCUCCUCUGGGCUUGACGAUCCUCCACCCCCCUCCCCAAAAUGGCACCCUCUACCUGCAGCCUAAUGACACCCAGCUACUGCUCCGCGUCCAGUCUCGCUACUUGACAAAGGCCUCUCGGCGUGGCAGUAAUCACAGUGUGACCUUCCAGCCUGACUGUCCGGAGGAAUUCUCUUCCAACCCAGGGCUCUGUCAGCCUGGGCCAAGCUCAGGGUCAGGGGUCGAGGUUGCAGAGCCCAGCCUGUAUGCGAUGAUGGAUCUGAGCCUGCAAACAGAGGAGCAGAGGAGUCCAGUGCAGCUGGAGCUGGAGGCCAGUAAUAAUGUGACGGAGGCCAGCCUGUCUGUGGUUGUUCACCUGGAAGAGCCGCUCAAAGGACUUAUGGUGAAGCCGCACCCUGCACACAGGGUGCUGAUGGAGUCAGUGGUGAGCUACACAGCAUCAGUGCUCGAAGGCACCAGUCCCACAUUUAAAUGGACAGUGGAUGACAAGCCGUACUUCACCUAUUACAACACUGUCCUCAACGUCAUCUACCAGCAUGCUGCUGUCUACAAACUCACAGUGACAGCCAUGAACCAUGUCAGCAGCCUCACAGAGCACUUCAACGUGACCGUGGACCGGCUGCAGCCCAUGGCCAACCUUACAGUAAAUGGUGUGCCAGAUGUGGUCCCUCAGGGCUCCACUCAGACUCUCACCACCUCUGUGCUCGUCGACAUGUCUGUGGCUGCCACCUUCCGAUGGUCUUUUGGUGACGGCGGAUAUAAGGAAUUUGAAUACAAGCCUCCCUACGCCCCUUCCCUCCUCUUCCCAGACUCCCCCAAUCAGGUCCUUCUAAGCAACAACGUCACCUAUAUUUACUCUCAGCCAGGAAUAUACACAGCGCUGGUGUCAGUGUCCAAUCGAUAUGAGAACAUCAGCCAGAGCAUCAACAUGAGUGUCUACAGCAUCCUGACACGCGUUGACAUACAAACAGAACCACAGCUCCUCCUCAAGGGCAAAUCAGCCGAUUUUGAGGCUCACCCCCUGCCGUCACCCUAUGGCAUUCACUAUGAUUGGCACUUUGGAGAUGACUCAGCCCUGCUACAAGGUCGCCGCGUGGUACACACCUAUGCACAGAGUGGCGUCUUUAAUGUCUGUGUAUCAGUAAACAACACCAUCAGCUCUAUGGAGGCUUGUGCCGAGAUGUUUGUAUAUGAAGAGAUUGAAGAUUUAACAGCUGGAAGCUCCUCUCCCACAGAGCUGCACAGUCCUACGACAGUAUGGGCACGGCUUGCCUCAGGCAAUAACAUCACAUGGACAUUCUCCAUGGGAGAUGGGACCAUCAACAUAACAUCUGAACCUCAAGUGUCACACAGAUAUGUCAAAGAGGGCAACUACACAGUGAAUGUGACGGCCUCGAAUGCUGUGAGCUCUGGCUGGACAAUCCUCCCAGUGCAGGUGUUUGUCUUUCAAGUUGUGAGGAUGGAGCCAUCCGGGUGUGUCCAAGAGCGGACCCCUGUCAACUUUCAUGCCUGGGUGUCUGGUAAUGCAUCGGCUCAUCUUUAUGAAUGGUGCUUCGGGGAUGGAAGCACCAAUGAAACACACCACGGCAACCCCAGAGUGUCGCACACUUACUCGAUAAGCGGCAGUUAUCACCUGUCUCUGCUGCUUUCCAGUGGUGUGAACAAAGCCCCCAAGCCCAACUUCUUCAAGUUGGUGUGUGUGCAACCAGCUUUAACCAACAUCAGCCUCACCCUUGAGAAAUCACACUACGCUGUUGGGGAGGAGAUCCGGUUCCAGGCCAGAGCUGAGCCACAAUUUAACUACAGCUAUCAGUGGGACUUUGGUAGAGAGGAACACCUUGUGCCCAUCAGUGGUUCUGGGAAUAUCGUGACAACAUUUAAAAACCCAGGUCAUUACAAUGUGACAGUCACUGUCUUCAAUAACAUCUCCACCAGCAACACCAGUGUUGCGAUUGAGGUUUUUAUGCCAGUAGGUCCGAUUGUUAUUCAACAUAAUGGCACUAAAUACAACAACCUGACCCUCAGAGCACCGUACACUUUCACAACAUCUUCCACGGCUUCCGAUGCCACUUACAUCUGGAACUUUGGAGAUGGAAUUGUGCUUACUGGCCAGAAUAUCCUCCACACCUACAACACUUCUGGAAACUACAAUAUCACACUGACAGCAGCCAACACAGUUAGCAGGAAUCACACCUCUUUACCUGUCGCUGUGCUUGCACCAAUCAGUGGACUGACCGUCAAUGCCAGCUUGGUAAAUGUCCCCCUCAAUGCCUCGGUCCACUUUGAGGCCCAUAUGGACGAGGGAGAUGAUGUCCGGUACUCUUGGAUCUUGUGCGACCGCUGCACUCCAAUUCCAAGGACCAACACCAUGUUUUACACCUUCCGCUCAGUCGGCACUUUUAACAUCAUUGUGACAGCAGAGAACGAUGUGGGGACGGCACAAGCCAGUAUCUUCCUGUAUGUCCAGCGGGAGCUGGAGGGGCUGCAGAUUUUAACAGAGGAGGACAUCGGAGGAGGUGAAGGCACAGCAUUGGACAGUUGCUGCUUUGCUACGAAUCGUGUUCUCCACCUUCAUGCAGGAUUAAAGGAAGGAACAAACAUGACGUUCACAUGGAACCUUAUCAAAGAGCCAGACAACCUCAGCUCAAGCUACAACAUGAGCGGGAAGACGGUGCCAGUGAAUUAUUCCAUUCCAGGCCCAUGUGACAUCUCUCUCCGGGCAGCCAACCUCCUGGGCCAGCUGUCCAUCAAUAAAACCAUCCUCUUCCUGGAACCAGCUGGAGGGGUUUACCUGCAGAUCAGCAACAACCCAGUUGCAGUCAAUGCUUCAACUAACCUGACAGUAUUAAGUGCUGAAGGUACGAACCUGCAGUACCGCUGGUCUGUGAAUGAGGAUGUUCUGCCGUGGACAGAGCCCUGGAAGACUCACACCUUCAUCAGUCCUGGCCUAAAGCUGGUUACUGUGGAGGUCUUCAAUCAAGUUAGCUCAGAGGUUGUUUCAGAGAUUGUCAGUGUCCAGGAAGUCAUUUCUGGGCUAAAUUUCACAGCUACCAAUGUAACAGAGCAGGGUUACGUAGCAACAGGCGUCGUUGUCUCACUCCAGGGGGAGGCACUGAGAGGGACCAAUGUGACGUGGACAUGGCUGUUUAAAGGAAGAACAGAAACAGGAAGGAAAACUUCUUUGAUUUUCCAGGAGCCGAAAACAGCCGUCGUUACUCUGAAUGCGACCAAUGACGUCAGUGGUCAAGUGUUUUCCAGAGAGUUCUUUGUUCAGGACAAGAUUCAGGGUUUAGAACUGAGGGCAAGUCAGAAGAUUGCAGCAGUCGGCGAGAAGGUGGAGUUCACCAUAACUAUGGCAGCGGGCUCGGACGUUCACCUCAUACUCAGCAUCAGUGGAGAUGCCACUGUCAUACCUGAACUCAACCAUACCUACGUCCACACAUUCAGCAGGGUGGAUACGUACAUGGUGAAUCUCACUGCUCACAACCAGGUGAGUUUCAAGAGGCGACACCUCCAGGUGGAGGUCAUGGAGCCAGUGCGUGGACUCUCCAUCGAUGGAACCAGCGCAGCAAUCCCUGUAGGCGUGAAGAGAUUGUUCGUAGCCAACAUCGUGACGGGCAAACCAGUUCAUUUCCUGUGGACUUUUGAUCUGCACCACUCCCACAAGGCGCCGCAUAUGGGCAAAGAGGUUUUCUACACGCCAGAAGAACCGGGUUUAUUGACAAUCUACCUGAAGGCCUUCAACGCACUGCACGCUCAGAACAUCACCAAGCACAUCCGGGUGCAGAACCUGCUGACAGGGGCCGUCCUGUAUGCAGCGCCUCGGGACACUUUCAUUAAUAAGACAGUGACCCUGAUGGCCAGUGUUACACCCCGAUCCAAUCCUGUGGAGUGCUUGUGGGACUUUGGUGACGGCUCUACUCAAGUUCACACAAACACCACAACUGUGGGUUAUGAGUACAGUCACCCAGGACACUACCUGGUCCAAGUGAACUGUAGUAACCUAGUGAGCUGGAUCUUGGCCCAGGUGGAGGUAAACAUCAGUGUAUUGGAGUGUGAGGAGCCAGAAGUGCAUGUGGUUCAAGCCCCCCGUCUCGCCAUCUGGCGCUACCAGCCCACUCUGGUGGAGGCCAGUGUGGACCUGAAAGGCUGCCUACGCUACGGAGCUCAGUAUCUCUGGCAGAUACUCUCAACGCCCUCCUGUGAUAAUGACAAAGACUCCCGUGUUGCCUCUGGGGUGGCGAAUCAGCCCUCUCAGUCUGUGCUCGUCCCAGUAGUUCGCCUGCCGAUGGAGGUGGAUGUGCGGCGGCUGCAGCUGUCGUUACCUAAGAUGACUCUGGCAGCGGGGAACUACACCCUGGUGUUUUCUCUGUCCUAUGAAGGCGUGCCGCUCAGGAAGGCUGCCUGUCUGCACCUCAGUGUCAUGGCUACCAGGCUGAUGCCCAUCAUAGAAGGGGGCACCUACAGGGUAUGGUCGAGGACUCAGGACCUGCAGCUCAAUGCGGAGCAGUCCUACGACCCCAACAUGGACCCAGACAGCCAGUCACUGCUCCACUACUACUGGGAGUGUCAAAACACUUCAAAGGGCGCAGAGCACUGCUCCACUCUGAACUUCGGCCUGGGCACCAGCGAUCCGGUGCUGGGGAUCUCCGGCUCCGAGCUGGAGGCCGGCGUCAACUACACUUUCAAACUGACCAUCAGCAAAGACGGCAUGCCACCAGAGUCCACCACGCAGACUGUGCUUGUACAGAGUGGCCAUAUUCCCAUGGUGUAUCUGGAGUGCGUCUCCUGUAAGGCCCAGUCCAUCUACGAGGUCAGCCAGAACUCGUAUGUCUACCUCAGAGGAACCUGCACCAACUGCCAGGGCUUUCACCGUGGGCGCUGGAGUGCCAGGACACUGCAGAACGAGAUUCUGGUCCUGGACUCCUCCUCCACCACCACAGGGAGUGACGGCAUGAACCUGGUGCUGCGGAAGGGUGUCCUGCGCCACGAAGACUCCUACGUCUUCACCUUGCACGUGACCGAUGGCAGUCUGGAUGGGGACGGCGUCGCCUCCAUCACUCUGCACCACAAUAUGCCCCCUGCUGGCGGGGAGUGUCACCUGAGAGGGGGAGGGGACGCGGGAGUGGAGUACGGGGACGUCGACGGCGAAGUCUGGAGGUUACGCACACUGUUGGACAGGGUGCACUUCAACUGCUCAGGUUACAGUGAUUUAGGGGUCUCAGAGACUCCUUUGCUCUACAGUUUGCUGGUGCUGCGCUGCAGAGAAGACCUCUGUGAGGACUUCUGUGUGUACAAAGGCAGCAGCCCAGAGCACUCUGCCUUCCUGCCCCCAGGCUUCAGCUCAGCCCAUAACCGUGUAGCCGUAUCCAUUACAGUGGAGGACCACCAGGGAGCUGCCAUCACUGCCCUCAACAAGUCCAUCGAAGUUGUGCUGCCAGAUCCGCCCCCUGAGUACAACAGCCUUCCCCACUGGCUGUCUGAGCUGACAGACAGCAAACUCAAAAAGCUGCUUGAGCAGGGAGACUCCCAGAGGGUCCGAGAGUUAUCGUUGGCUCUGAUUACAGUCCUGAAUGAGUAUGAGCAGACCAGGCGGCCGGUGUCCCGAGAGGAGCGCAGUUACCGAGUCAGAGUCCGCAGCAACAUCACCAGGGCUCUGACCGCUCUAGACCUGACCACCGUUAACGACAUCAAGCAGACCUCCGCUGCUUUGGCUCAGUGCACGGCGGUGAGUCGAGAGUUCAUCUGUGAGGAGUGUCAGAACAGCACUCUGAACAAACUUGAGUCCAUGCUUGAGAUACUGCAAACUGACACCAAGCAGGGCACCGUCACUCCGACUGAGAUAGCUGACAACAUCCUGAACAUCAUGGGUGAUCUGAUCCAUCAGGUCAGCCAGUCAACAUCCCAGUCGUACCUACAGCCUGCCUACUUGGAUUCCCCCUCACCUCCCUCUGCCUCCUCUUUUGCCUCCUCCGGUGAGGACCAAGUAGGCACCCUGUUCGACCCGUCUCCUUCCUCUCUGGAACCACACCCUCUGCGAGUGGCGGCUAAGGCAUACAGCCUGUCCUCCGUGCUCAUGCUGAUCCUCAUGCACGCCCGGGUGCUCAACGAGGAGCCGCUUGUGCUGAGGGGAGCUGAGAUCGCGGCCACAGGAAAACUGGCGGACCCCCAGAGCCUCCUCUGCUACCAUGGCAACAACAGUCCAGAGUGCCAGCGAUUCUCCAUCCCCAGGGCAUUUAACUACAGUCUUGGCAGAGCUGCUGCAGGAAACAGCAUUAUGCAGCUGCUCUUUCAGGUUGAGUCCAACCCCUUCCCCUUCAACUACGUGGCAAACUACACCGUCUCUACUGAGGUAGCAUCCAUGGAGUUCCGCACUGAAAAUGGCACCCAGAUUCCCAUCUCUGGACUGGACGAUAGUCUCGCCAUCACCGUUGCCGUCAACAAUGGAAGUAGUGGAGCAGAAGCAGGUCCUGAGGGUCCUGGCACUGGAGGGGUCCCCACAGCUGGAGCGAUUAACAUCAGCCACUGUGACUCCGUCAUCGUCAGUGUCAGCACGGGAAACACCAACAGACAGGCAGGGCUGUUUGUGCAGCUCAACUUCACCUCUCCGGAGGAUGCCAAGCAGAAGUAUAAAAGAGAAGGGGACGUGGAGGAGCCAUACAUCACAGCCUACCUUCAUUCACAUGACAAACCCAAUGAGUUCAACUGCACAGACAAGAAACGCAUCACACUCAGUAUGACCACGGGGCAAGAUCUCGAUCACAGGAAAUACACCUUCUUCCUGUCGCCAGAGUCGUACGACACCACUCUGGACUACUUUAUCAACGUGAGCACACCCUGCAGCCCCAGCUCUCAGCCUGUAGGUGUUCAUCUAGAGGUCGGCGUGUUUGCCUCUCUGUGUCAGUACUUCAGUGAGAGUGAGAAGCAGUGGCGCACAGAUGGCAUGGUGCCCCUGGCAGAAACCAACGCCAGCAGAGCUGUUUGUCGCACCAGACACCUCACAGCCUUUGCUGCAGGCCUGUUUGUACCAGCCAACGCCAUCACCUUUAAAGUGCCAGAGCGUUCUGGUGCACCGAACCUGGUUGUGCUGUUGGUGUGUGUAUUGGGCGUACUGAGCUAUGUUGUGGCAGCAGCCAUUUUGCACAAGUUGGACCAGCUGGAUCUCCGCCGGGCUGGUGUGGUUCCACUGUGUGGCCGAGACGGACUCUUCAAGUAUGAGGUCCAGGUCAAGACUGGCUGGAGCCGAGGGGCAGGCACCACGGCUCAUGUAGGAAUCAGUUUGUACGGACGUGAGAGCCGCAGCGGACACCGCCAUCUCGACAGCAGAGGAGCUUUCACACGCAACGCUCUCGACAUCUUUCAUAUUGCCACGGAUACCAGCCUGGGCAGUGUCUGGAAAAUACGAAUUUGGCAUGACAACAAGGGUCUGUCCCCAGCAUGGAUGCUGCAGUACGUCUUGGUCAAAGACUUGCAGACAGGGAGCAGCUACUACUUCCUGGUUGAGGAGUGGCUGUCAGUGGACAAUGAGAGGACUGAUGGACGGGUAGAGAUUGAGGUGGAGGCCUCAGAGGAGGCCGUGCUUCGUCAGUUGCCCCGCAGACUGCGAUGUGAGCUGCAGCGGGCGCUUUGUGAGAGUCACCUGUGGCUAUCGCUGUGGGAGAGACCCCCCCGCAGCCCGUUCACCCGCCUGCAGAGAGCCACGUGCUGCGCUCUGUUACUGCAGCUCUUUAUAUUUGCCAACACACUGUGGUACGGCAUUGUGGUGGACAAAAGAUACAGCCCACAGCCUGUGUCAAGGUAUUCUUCACUGAAUGGCGAGACAGUGGCAGCAGGCAUGGUGACUUGUCUGAUUGUCUACCCUCUCUACCUGCUUGUCUUCACGCUCUUUAGAAUGAGCCGCAGCAAGUGCGUCUCCGUGGAGCAGGUGCCACCGCAAGUGGAUCAGGAGUCGGUGGAGAUUGACGACUUCCUGGACGACUCCAUGGCUGGAAGUUCUUUCCUCUUUUUUAAUGGCGAGACCAACUCAGAAGAAACCAAUGUGGAUUUGCCCACUCCAUCAACCAAAAGUGGGGAAAGUUGGUGCAUGGCAGAGGAGGAGCUGGAGGACAGGGACUGGCCGGAGCUGUUGAGUGAUGUGUCUGUGGUGGGAGGGGCGGGCCACGGGGCAGGGCUGCCCAGGCUGAAGAGGGGUCAGGGGAGCAGGCACCUGGGUGUCGACAUGAACUUUAACCCUGAGGACGAGGAGGGGACUGAACAACGCAACAAAUACUUCACCUCCUCAGACGAGGAUCUGAUCAAACACAUCCUGGCAGAUGGACAGAACUUUUUUCCUCAGGCAGAUGAAAGUGAGAUGGCUGACCUGUCGAGCAUUUUAGGAGAUAAGACUGAAGUGAUUCUCCUCCAGAAGCUGAAUGAGCCUCUCCCUCUGGAAUCUGUGAGAAGAGACCCACCAAAAACUGCUUUCACCUCAAAUACAGUUGUGACAGACGUGUGUCGUCCGAGACGGUUUCCUCCCUGGUGUGGACGUGCAGCCCUGUGGAGCAGCUGGGCAGGGAUCGCUCUGGCCAAUGGGGUUUCUAUAUGGGCUGGUUACGGGUUCAGUGACAACAUGGCCAUGAUGUGGCUCAUCUCCUGUUUUGCCAGUUUCCUGUGUUCCUGCCUGCUGUUGGAGCCAAUCAAAGUGCUGUGUGAGGCAGUUUACUAUGUAGUGUGUGUGCUUCGCCUGCGUCCAGAGGACCAGGAUGUGCUGGUGGAGUUCCCCCGUGUGGAGAGAGUGGUCCAACGGGUCCCCAGGGUGAGACCGCCUCAGGGCUUCGCUCUGUCUCAGGCUCGACACCAGGCCCGCAAAGUCCACAUGCUGCACACCAUGCUGAAGAAUUUCCUGGUUUACAUGUUUUUCCUGUUGGUGGUUUUGCUUCUCAACUACUCGGACUCGGCCAAAGACACACACAGCUUGAGACUGCGCACUCAGCUGCAGCGAGCACUACACACACCUGAGUACCACAACAUCAGCAGGCUAAAAAGCAGGACUCAAGAUUAA